AUGCCGCAGGACCAAGAUCGGGGGUUCGGUGCCAAGAUUCUAAAUGACCUCGCGACCGAAGCUGGCUCAGAAGCCAACGGGCGAAAGGAAAUCGACAGGCUCAAUCGACAAUAUGGCUGUUUCAUUAAGGCUGAUGCAAAUCAAAUAGUUCAGAACCGCAUGCUGUUGAGAGGGCUUCACCAAUGGAUGGCUGGGCUCUUGGCAAUGUUGCAGGACGAAUCGUACAGUCAAAUCGACGAGGGCUGA